CUGCCUCUACCGGGCCAGUAUUGAAUCAGAAAGCGAUCAAGUGCUCCAAUCCAAAGCGAUCUUUCUCAAAGCGGUUUUUUCAAACGGGCGCUACAGUUAACCCACAGUGCGAUACAGUUUAAUCUCUGCGCCAUCCUACGUGUUUAUUUUCGCGAGUAUUAAUCAUCUGUGUUGUCCUAUAGAUUUUGUGUGCAGUGAUAAGUGAAAGAGUGUUCAACAUGCCCGGAAAAACACCAGCAAUUGGAAUUGACUUGGGAACCACCUACUCGUGUGUCGGUGUGUGGCAGCAAGGAAAAGUGGAGAUCAUUGCCAACGAUCAAGGCAAUCGAACGACACCCAGCUAUGUGGCAUUCACAGACACUGAACGACUAAUCGGUGAUGCGGCCAAGAACCAAGUUGCGAUGAAUCCCAAGAACACCGUUUUCGACGCCAAGCGCCUCAUCGGACGGAAAUUUGACGAUCCUAUAAUUCAAGCUGACAUGAAGCACUGGCCAUUCACUGUUGUCAACGAUUGCAGUAAGCCGAAGAUUCAAGUCGAAUUCAAAGGUGAAACUAAACGGUUCGCCCCAGAAGAAAUCAGCUCCAUGGUGCUUACGAAAAUGAGGGAAACUGCUGAGGCGUACUUGGGUGGAAAAGUUCAAGAUGCAGUCAUCACAGUUCCAGCGUACUUCAAUGACUCUCAGCGUCAAGCAACCAAGGACGCAGGAGCCAUCGCAGGACUGAACGUUCUCCGCAUCAUCAAUGAGCCCACAGCUGCAGCCCUUGCCUACGGAUUGGAUAAGAACCUGAAAGGCGAAAGAAACGUUCUCAUUUUCGAUCUUGGUGGAGGUACAUUUGACGUCUCCAUCCUUACCAUCGACGAGGGCUCACUAUUUGAAGUGCGAGCAACUGCCGGCGACACACAUCUUGGUGGUGAGGACUUCGAUAACCGACUCGUCAAUCACUUUGUGGAGGAGUUCAAGCGUAAAUAUCGAAAAGAUCUCCGAACCAACCCCCGUGCUCUCAGAAGACUUCGCACAGCAGCAGAGCGGGCCAAAAGAACAUUGUCCUCAAGUACCGAAGCCAGCAUUGAAAUUGACGCUCUGAUGGAUGGCAUCGACUACUACACCAAGGUCUCAAGAGCGCGAUUUGAAGAACUUUGUGCAGACUUAUUCCGCUCGACUCUACAUCCUGUCGAGAAAGCUCUCAACGAUGCCAAAAUGGACAAAGGCUUAAUCCAUGAUGUUGUGUUGGUUGGAGGCUCCACGCGAAUUCCCAAAGUUCAAUCUCUUCUCCAGAACUUCUUCGGUGGAAAAACUCUGAAUCUUUCCAUCAACCCUGAUGAAGCCGUGGCUUACGGAGCAGCAGUUCAAGCAGCGAUUCUCAGCGGUGAUACCAGCUCAGCUAUCCAAGAUGUUCUCCUUGUCGACGUAGCACCCCUCUCACUUGGAAUUGAAACAGCCGGUGGGGUAAUGACAAAAAUAGUCGAACGAAAUGCCAGAAUUCCAUGCAAGCAAUCACAAACUUUCACGACCUACUCGGACAACCAGCCAGCUGUGACAAUUCAGGUCUAUGAAGGAGAACGAGCCAUGACCAAGGACAACAAUCUGCUCGGUCGGUUCGACUUGACAGGAAUCCCACCAGCACCUCGCGGUGUGCCGAAAAUAGAUGUAACAUUCGAUCUUGACGCAAAUGGAAUCUUGAAUGUGUCUGCCAAGGAAAAUAGCACAGGCAGAGAACGAAACAUUGUCAUCAAAAAUGACAAAGGCAGACUUUCGCGAGAGGAAAUUGACAGGAUGGUCAACGAGGCCGAGCGGUACAAGGAGGAAGAUGACAAGCAGCGCGCCAAAGUAGCUGCACGCAACCAGCUUGAAAGCUACAUCUUCAACGUCAAGCAGGCAGCUGAAGAAGCAGGCGAUAAGCUGAGUGCAACUGAUAAGCAAUCAAUCCAGGAAGAGUGUCAAGCUGCCCUGCAAUGGCUGGACAACAACACACUAGCCGAUGUGGAGGAAUUCAACUACAAGUUGCAAGAACUACAGAAGAAAUGCUCUCCCAUCAUGAGCAAAAUGCACCAAAGUGGUCAGAACAGUCAAGGAAUGCCCGGUGGUCAAGGGAUGUCCAGACAAGGCGGUAUGCCAGGACAAGGUGGAAUGCCAGGAUACGGAAUGCCGGGACAAGGUGGAAUGCCAGGAUACGGAAUGCCGGGACAAGGUGGAAUGCCAGGAUAUGGAAUGCCAGGACAAGGCGGAAUGCCAGGCCACGGAGGACCCACAAUUGAAGAGAUUGACUAAAGUGCUUAAAGUCACCUUUGAAACCUUCGUAAAGAUCUCCUAACAUUGUGAAAAUUUCUAGGACUAAGCUUCAAAAAUGAAAUAAUGCAUCCAUUGAUUUAGAGCUCAAUGUUUAAUAAUGUGCCACAAAUUGUUCCUAGUGAAAUUAAUUUCAACAAUAACUAAUUAUUUACUUUUACAGUGUAAUUUUUUCU